AUGUCUGAUAGUGCAAGAUCUCGCAGACACCAUGAGCAACGGGAGAGUCAACACUUUCCGGGAGGCUCAUCCAGUCGCCAGCCAACCAGCGACUAUCCGAUGGAUUCGACUAAUCCCACGACCGCAGAGCAGGCAGCCAGAGCAGCGGUAGAAGGGCGAGGGAGACCGACUGCGGCACCUCAUGGAGACCAGGUUCAGUACGAAGAUCCUAUGGACUAUGAACAAAGUACACAACCUGGUGUUCGCUCAAUAAAGGUGACUUACAUUCGAGAGGUCACUAGCCCGAGGGGAUCCACUGUCCCAACGGACCUCCCUGGAAGUUGGACUGAAGUGGACUCACCGGGACAUCAGCCCGACAGUUACAGUUCGCGAAACGAUGCACAUCCAGAGACAGGAUCACGUGAAGAUCCCGACAAUCAGAGGCCCACAGACUCUCGACGAUCUGGAACGACGAGCGACACCUCAAAGUCUUAUACCAGACGUGGCCAAGAGCAAAAAGACGAGAGCAUGUUUUACGGAGGGAUAUUAAGCCUUUUUCGCGGGAACGGAAUAUCCGCACAAGACGAGAAGAAAGUCAAAAGGGAAGUUACAGAGCUGAAGACGAGAAACCAAAAAUUAACCCAGGACAAAACAUUGCUCGCCCAAACCAAUCAACGACAAUCCGAAAGACUCAGCGAGGUCACGAAUCAGAGCAGUGUCAGAUUCAAUACCAUUGCGCGGCAGAAAGAGGAGCUCACCUCAUUGCGACUGGAGGUCAAACAGUUGAAAUUGGAUCAUCAAGGCAUGGAAGAUCAAAUUCGGACAGCACAGCUUGCAAUGAGCAAGAAGUCCUCCAAGCCCAAAAUUGACCUUACAGACGAAGAAAGAACAAUCAAGGGGAAUUUUAUGAAUCUCCACGAUGAAGUGAGGAAAUGGGCUAAACGGUGGGGAUCUGCGAAUUUCUCCGUAUUUGAGAAUCUCUCCCCAGAAAAGAAGGAAAUCUUCUUGCUGGAGUUAGGUAAAGUCGUAACUCUUGAAGAUGGUUGCAUACCUCAAUGCUUGACAAGGGAAGAGAUGUCGACCAGAACAUCUGUUCUUUGCGUGUCUGCACUGCUCGGACGAUAUAUCUGCGCGGAAGUCCUCGACGCCCCCUUUCGACCCCUAAGGUCGCUUUUUGAUACAGCAACAGGAGACGCUCUGGAUAUAGCUGAGAGACAGCAGAUCUCAACACAUAGCCCAAGAGUGGUAUUGGGUGACGGCUUUCUAGAAGCAGUCUACCAAAGGCUGUCUGAUGUAAAUCGGAGCAGAGCUCAAGUGUGGAGAAGCGAUCUCAUGUCCAUACUGGAUCCCUCAUCAGGCUCAAGCGUAGCUGCCAAUGUGUUACAAACCCAAGAAGAAGCUGCAGAUCGUCGGGCACAGGCAGCAAGAGACCUUACUUCGACGUUCUUGAACACAGCCGUAAGCGUUCUACUACCAGACGUUGAACCAGAGCAAGUCGUCAAUCGUCACGAAGAGCUGCAGACAAUCUUUCGGAAGUCCCUGGACAUGGCAGGUCGGCUAUGGAAGCAAUUGACGAUUGUGAAAUGCACAUAUCUGGAGGACCUGAAGCAGUCAGCAUUUAACUACGACUCUGACUUGAUGGACGCACAUGCUUUUCAUAAACUAGGAUUUGAUGACGAGGAUGAGGAUGAACAUCGGCUAGACAACCACCUUGUCCGUAUUAUGGUGUUUCCAGCAAUCAAAGCUUAUGGAAAUAGCGACGGCGAGAAGUAUACGCAAGAUCGGGUUUGGGGAAAAGCCAUCGUCUGGUUGGAUGAAUGAUUGGAAUGAAUGAUCCUGUACCUAGAUUCGCUGUCAUGGAACGCUUGCUUGCGUGGAUUUAUACAAGUCAAGCCACUCGGGCGCUCCUAAAAGGUGCAGGCUUCGCCGUCUCCAUCUUCCCAGCAAGAAGUCAGCGUUCCCGCAGAGUUUCAGCAUACGAGCAUGUCAGAACUCAAAGAAUUAAGCUCGUAUCUCCGCAAAUUCGCUCCGUGAUAGUAUACCGCUGAAAAUGAUCUGCAUCGGUUUUG